GACGCUGUUUAAAGAUGCCUCAGGAACCCUGGACAAAAAUGGACGAUUUUCUCCUCUCUUCAGGCAAGACAGUAAUAAACUUUCAAAUGAAGACAUGCUGAAAUUGUUAGCAGAUUUCAGGAAACCUGAAAAGAUGGCCAAACUUCCUGUUAUUUUAGGAAAUCUGGAUGUUACAAUUGAUAAUGUGUCACCAGAUUUUCCAAAUUAUGUUAACUCAUCGUACAUUCCCAUGAAACAGUUUGAAAACAGUACCAAGACACUAAUAACGUUUGAAAUAGAGGAAUUUGUUCCCUGUAUACCAAAACACACUCAGCCUUUCACCAUCUACAACAAUCAUCUUUAUGUUUAUCCAAAGCAUUUGAAAUAUGACAGUCAAAAGUCUUUUGCAAAGGCUAGAAAUAUUGCAGUAUGCAUUGAGUUCAAGGAUUCUGAUGAAGAGGAUUCUUUGCCUUUGAAGUGUAUCUAUGGUAGACCAGGUGGACCUGUAUUUACUAGAAGUGCGUUUGCUGCUGUUCUGCAUCACCAUCAAAAUCCAGAGUUUUAUGAUGAGAUUAAAAUAGAAUUGCCCACUCAGUUACAUGAAAAGCACCAUUUGUUGUUCACCUUCUACCAUGUCAGCUGUGAUAAUUCAAGCAAAGGGAGUACAAAGAAGAAAGAUGUUGUUGAAACACAAGUGGGGUAUUCUUGGCUUCCUCUAAUAAAAGAUGGAAGAGUGGUGACCAAUGAGCAACACAUCCCAGUGUCAGCAAAUCUUCCCUCAGGCUAUCUGAGUUAUCAGGAAGUGGCAGUUGGAAAGCAUUCUGGUCCUGAAAUUAAAUGGGUAGAUGGAGGCAAACAGCUGUUGAAGAUAUCCACUCAUCUGGUGUCAACUGUGUAUACACAGGACCAGCAUUUGCACAAUUUUUUUCAGUACUGUCAGAAAACAGAGUCUGGAGCUCGCGCACUAGGAGCGGAUCUUGUAAAGUAUCUCAAGAGCCUUCAUGCUAUGGAAGGCCAUGUGAUGAUAGCUUUCCUGCCAACUGUCCUAAACCAGUUGUUUAGAGUUCUCACUAGAGCAACUCAAGAGGAAGUUGCAGUCAAUGUGACAAGGGUUAUUAUCCAUAUCGUUGCUCAGUGUCAUGAAGAAGGCUUGGAUAGCUACCUGAGGUCUUACGUCAAGUAUGCUUAUAAAGCUGAACCCUAUGUUGCUUCUGAAUAUAAGACAGUACAUGAAGAAUUGGCAAAGUCCAUGACAACAAUUUUAAAGCCAUCCGCUGACUUUCUUACAAGCAACAAGCUACUUAAGUAUUCAUGGUUUUUCUUUGAAGUUCUGAUAAAAUCAAUGGCUCAGCAUUUGAUUGAAAACUCUAAAGUGAAGCUGUUGCGAAACCAGAGAUUUUCCGCUUCCUUUCAUCAUGCAGUUGAAACAGUUGUUAAUAUGCUAAUGCCACACAUCACUCAGAAGUACAGAGACAAUCCAGAGGCUUCAAAAAAUGCAAACCAUAGCCUUGCUGCCUUUAUAAAAAGGUGUUUUACUUUUAUGGAUAGAGGCUUUGUUUUCAAGCAAAUCAAUAACUACAUCAGCUGCUUUGCCCCAGGAGAUCCGAAGACUCUUUUUGAAUUCAAAUUUGAAUUUCUCCGUGUAGUCUGUAAUCAUGAGCAUUACAUACCGUUGAAUCUACCAAUGCCCUUUGGAAAAGGCAGAGUUCAGAGAUACCAAGACCUUCACCUGGACUAUUCAUUAACCGAUGAGUUCUGUAAAAAUCACUUCUUAGUGGGACUGCUUCUAAGGGAGGUGGGCAAUGCAUUGCAAGAGUUCAGAGAUGUGCGACAGGUUGCUAUUUAUGUGCUCAAGAAUUUGAUGAUAAAGCACUCUUUUGAUGAUAGAUAUGCUUCCAGGAGCCAUCAGGCACGAAUAGCUACUAUGUAUUUGCCACUCUUCGGACUGCUCAUAGAAAAUGUUCAGCGAAUCAAUGUUAAAGAUGUGUCUCCGUUUCCUGUUAACCCUUCCAGCAGUAGCGCAAAGGAUGAUGCACUUACUUUGCCAACUGCAAGUCAGCUAGUAACACCACAAAAAUCAGGAAACACAUUGGAUAACAAUCUUCCUAAAGAUCUAUUUGGUGUUAUCUCUGGCAUUGCUUCCCCAUACACUACAUCAACUCCAAAUAUUAAUAGCGUGAGGAACGCUGACUCAAGAGGCUCUCUUAUAAGUACAGACUCAGGAAACAGUAUCCCAGAAAGACACAGUGAUAAGAGCAAUUCCCUUGACAAGAACCAACAGAGCAGCACUUUAGGAAGUUCUGUAGUUCGGUAUGACAAACUUGACCAAGCAGAGAUCAAAAGUCUGCUCAUGUGUUUCCUUCAUAUCUUAAGAAGUAUGUCAGAAGAUGCAUUGUUUACAUAUUGGAACAAGGCUACAAAGUCUGAACUCAUGGACUUUUUUACAAUUACAGAGUAA